CUGAAAACCGUUCUACCAUACAAAACACCCCGGCCAAAAGGGCCCACUGUUACAUUUAAUUAGGGGAAGAGUAAAGAAAGUAAUCGGGGGUUUGAUUUUAGACCCGGAUUUCGGUGUACCACGACUAACCGGAGGCGCAUGCUACCCCACUACCCUUUCCUUCAUCUACAAAACAAGAGGUGAACCCAACGGCUUUGCACCACUUGACAUAUUCCCCCUUAUACACAUUGAUCUCACAUUAAUCAUUUUCUCAAUUCCAUAAGAAUAUCUUACCAACACCACCAUGUCGAAAGUCCCCAUCCCCUUUUCAGAGCCUCCUUGGCUGAUGGGCCACCCAUCACCAUAUUACACCGACUCCCACAAAAAAUGGCAAAAGACCUGCAGAGCAAUGUUCGACGAGCUGAUGGCCGACGCUGGAGAAUGGGAGCGGCAAGGAGAUGUACCAGAGAGUCUAUACUCCCAAUUCGCCGCCGCCAACAUGCUAAUCCCCAACCUGUCCUCGCCCCUUCCCGUCCAAUGGCUCCAUAAACUGGGCAUCCGUACUUUACCAGGCGGCCUCCCAGUGGAAGAAUUCGACUCCAUCCACACCCUAAUCUACGCCGACGAGCUCGCCCGAAGCGGCUCUCUCGGACCCGGCGGCGCUAUAACGACAGGAAUGGCCUUCGGUGUGCCCCCUAUUUUGAAAUUCGGCUCCAAGUCCCUCCAAGAACGAUUUCUGCCAGAUUUGUUAACAGGGAAAAAGAGGAUCUGCAUCGCGAUCACGGAGCCUUCUGCUGGGAGCGAUGUGGGCAAUAUCCAGACGACAGCCACGAGAAGUAAAGACGGGAAGCACUUCAUUGUAAACGGAACCAAGAAAUGGAUUACCAACGGUCUAUGGAGCGACUAUGCCUCUAUGGCUGUGCGAACCGGAGGACCUGGGCCUGCGGGACUUUCCAUGCUCGUUGUGCCGUUGUUACACACAAAAGGUGUGAACAUGCGGCGUAUAAAAGUACAGGGCCAAACAGCCGCAGGAACGACCUUCAUAGAACUCGACGACGUUCUCGUUCCGGUCGAAAAUCUGAUAGGGAAGGAGGGCAUGGGCAUGAAAUAUGUGAUGCUGAACUUCAACCACGAGCGACUCUCCAUCAGUAUCGGUGUGAACCGUCUUUCUCGCGUGGCGAUAAGUGCAGCGUUCGAGUAUUGUUUGAAGAGAGAGGCGUUUGGGAAGCCGUUGAUGGACCAGGCUGUUGUGAGGCAUCGGUUGGCGAAGUGUGGUGCGGAGUUGGAGAGCCAUUGGGCUUGGAUUGAGCAGUUUACGUAUAGUUUGACGAAGAUGAGUGAGGAGGAGGCGAAUAGGGAACUUGGAGGCUUGACGGCACUGUUGAAGGCGCAAGCUGGGAGGGUGAUUGAGAGUUGCGCUAGUACGGCGGUAUUGCUGUUUGGUGGGAAUGGGUAUUCGAAGUCCGGACAGGGGGAGGUUGUUGAGCGAAUCUACCGCGAAGUCCCGGGCGCCAGAAUCCCAGGUGGAAGCGAAGACGUGAUGCUGGACGUGGCUAUCAGACAACUAGUCAAGAAUUUCCAGCGGAAGACGAAGGAGCUGGAAACAGCUGUGGAACCACCUUCCGGAUCUUCAAAACUCUAGAUCUCUUUUACUGUACCGCAACUUACAACACUUAUCCAAUACAUUCAACCUCAGAAAGUAUGAUGAUGGAGAAGAAAUUACGUAUCAUGUCCU